GUUUUUCUAACUCGUUCAGAAAUGACUCGAAAACCGCCCCCUGAAAUCCCCGACGCACGGAACUGGCCUCAACCUCCCGUGGUACGUCGCAAGCUGCCUCUCCUGCGCAGGCUGCGAUGGAAAUGGCGACAUGUCGCAUUUUUGGCAGCUACCGCUUAUGCCCUUUACUGCCUCCUCUUCUCUCGGCACCUUCUCGUACAUCCGUUGCCUCAGCACACCGGCCCAUAUGCCGUAGGGGCUAUCAACAUCGAAGUCCCCGUUUCGCCGGCGCGGAUAAUCGAUUCAGCUCGGUUCAAAGGCACAGGCGAAGUCGCGUUCAAAUUCCGAACCGUUCUGUUCACGCUCUACUACCCUGCAAACAACGACACCGCUCGGGAGCGGGCAGCAAGACAUCCCUGGAUCUCUCCGCCCCUCUCGCUGAGAGCUGCGGGCUAUGCCAAGGCCGCGCAUAUUAGCAACAGGUUUACGGAUGCGCUCUUUACGGGCGCCCUUCGUGCUCUGGCCGGGAGCGUCACGAUUCCGGCUGCUGUCGAUGUCCCAUUGUCGGACCAUGCUUCGCGCGAAUCCAAAUUUGCGACAUCGUGGGACAAGGAGGAAACCGAGCAACAGGUCUUGACGCAAAGCCUAAGCGGUCACCCCGUCAUCAUCUUCUCGCAUGGAACGGUGUCGACGGGAGGAGAUUAUUCGCACUUCGCUGGCGAAUUGGCUGCCAGGGGCUACGUCGUCGCAUUAGUGGAGCACCGCGACGGCUCCGGACCGGGCUCCGUCAUCAAAAGGCAGGGCGAGCCGGACCAAACGAGGCUGAUCUUUGACGUCUCAGAAGUAGAGUCAGCCGAGGGCGGCGAGGUGUCGGUCGAGGAUUUCCACAAAGCCCAGCUCAACUUCCGUGAGGCCGAGAUUGAGGAGACCGUCCGCGUGCUCAAGAUGAUCAACGAUGGGCGCGGUGCCGACGUGUUUGAGCAGAACCCCCACGGCGAAGGCUCUGACCUGGCCAACUGGGCCGGGCGCCUCAACACUGACGAGAUGAUUGUCGCGGGCCACAGCUACGGCGCCACGGGCGCGCUGCAGGCUCUCCGCGGCGGGCCCAGCGAGAGGCGGCCGUUCAAGGGCGCCAUCAUCCUGGACCCGGGGAAGUCGAGCGGGCCGCUGAACGCGGACAUCAAUGUCCCCGUCCUGGUCGUCCACAGCAACUCGUGGAGCAGCCGCACCUCCAUCUUUUACGGCCGCGCCCACUUUGACACGGUCAAACAGCUCGUCGAGGCGAACAACCAGAGGGGAAACCCGUCGUGGUUCAUGACGUCGCUCGGCACGUCGCACCCCUCGGUCACGGACGCGCCGCUGCUCGAACCGCGUCUCUUGCGGGCCACCACGGGCGCCAAGAUUGAUGUGUAUCAGGGAUUGAGGCAGUAUGUUCACUGUGCCGAGGAUUUCCUCGCUUUUCUUGGCGACGGCAAGAUGAGGGGCUUGCUCGCCGAGCAGGCCCAGUUCCCCCAGUACGACCCGGGCACCGGUCUAGGCAUGUGGAAGCCCGGACAGGGCGACGAUCAGAAGGCCUGGGAGGAACGCGGCGAGUGGUGGGAUUGGCGAAGCUAUUGGCAGAUUCAUGUCUCGCCUGUAGUGACGUAACUGAAGAAAUAUGGACCAAUUUGGUGCUUGGAAGUUUCGGCUGUAGAGAUUAUAAUCAUCCGCUAGGUACCUAUGGUCAUCUGUAUUCCGUCUUCAACCGAGUUCCGAGUCUCUUCCCUGCCAAUAAAUUUCGCUUUGUCCCACUCUCUGUGUGGACU